AGUCUACGUGGGGAAGAAAGGUUGGUUCGACCGUGUUUGAAUCGUUUUGACUGCCUUGCACACCAGCAAGCACCCAUGUCCAAUCCAGGUUGACUCCGUGCCCCACUUGUCGAACCAGUCCUCCUCUCCGCCCCCUCGCCCCCGUUAGGCAAAUGGACGCGUUGAGUAGUGUCCGGGGCGUAUAAAUGGCACGGAGAGCCGACAGCGCGUAAUGCUGCGCCGGGUGCGGCAGUCUCUCCGGCAGGUGCUGUUUCUGAUGGCCCGUAGACCGGGUCUACUCUGCGGGACUAUCGUGCUCGGCGUCCUGCUCUUACUGGCUGUCCAUUUCACAUGCAGCCGUGCUAAAGAUGUGGUGGCAGCAGCUCGGCCUCCGGUGCGGUUCUUCUCUGCCGAGGCCCCGGUAGUGGACCUCUACUUGGGUCAGCUCGACCAGGUGGAGCGUCUCAGGAGCGUGGCGGAGGUGUCACUCAUCUUCUUCUAUGCACCGUGGUGUGCUCACUCGAUGGCUGCCCGGCAGGAAGUGCAGCAGGUGGCUAAGAAUCUGGCCAAACAGGUGCAGUUUGUGGCUGUUAACUGCUGGUGGAAUCAUGGGAAAUGCAGGAAGCAGAACCGCUUCUAUCAGUACCCAAUCAUCCAUCUGUUUUAUAGAAGGUUUGGGCCGAUAGAAUACAAAGGUCCAGUUGUGGCUCCGUAUGUAGAAAGUUUUAUCCUCAGAGUCAUCACACCACUCACGUACCUCCCAUCAAUAGCCACACUGGAAGAGUUCCUCUCCUGUCACGAGCCUCGAGUGGUGGGUUUCUUCCAGUUUAAUUCCUCUCCUCAGCCGCCGGGGUACAUCACAUAUCUGUCUUCUGCACUGCAGGCCUUAAAAAGGGAUUUCCGUGGUGUUAUACGUUUUGGGGUUGUGACCAGCAAACAGGUGGCAGAGGCCAUCUCACUAAAAGAAGAUGAAGCGGUUUAUCUCUACAGAAGAUUUAACUCCUCUUUGAUCUUCCCUCGACAUGAACGCAACUUCACAUCAGAGGCCAUCUGUAGCUGGGUGCUUGAACACCUCGAGACCGUCGUCCAGUGGCUGCAGCCUCCAGGAACAAAGUCCCGUCUCCUGGAACGUGAGCUCACUAAAGGACCUGCACUGCUGCUGUUCCUGCCGCACAAUCCACUCAUGUCCAGACCGAGUCCCAUACUACAGCAGGUUGCAGACAUUGCUGUGCGCUACCAUUCCUGUCACCACAAUAACCACUCCAGCUUGGACAAAAGUUUCCCCUCCCAUUCGCUGUGCUGCCAGUCACUUCUUCUCCCGGAGUCCAGUACAAGUGUGUGUGAGGUGUGCCUCAGUUUGUCACGGUCGAGCCCGACCAGCUCCUCUGUGCGCUGCUCUUUCUCCUCCUCGGCUCAGGGAGGAGACCUCGCGUUGCAGUCUUAUCUCAGACACUGCUGCCUACACCGACUACCUGCUGUGUCCAUGAAAACCGCAACCUCAGCGGGCUGUAGCAACGUUCUGAACGGCUACAGCCCGUUUGGUCAAUACAGUGCCUGCUGCAGAAAAGUAGAACCUCAACUCAAUGAGUCACAAGCCAAAGAGGAGCCAGACUUGCAGAGAGCUCCCCUUACACCACCUCCUUCCUCCAUCCCUCCGUCCUCCGCCCCUCAGCAGGGAGCAGACGGCAUCACGGGGCUGCGGUGUCAGACCAACAGGACGCUCAGGUUUUAUGUGCUGGAUGUUGCUCUGAACUGGCCUCUGGCGGUGAGGCUCGGGGCGACCGGCAACCGAAGUGCUUCUCUUCACCAGGACGCUGGUGCACGAGGCGACGGGUUGUUUGCAACUAUCGUGAACCUGAAGGACGAGGUUAAUUAUGUUCUCCACCGCAGCCCGGCAGCCACGCUGACAGAGUCUCUGGAGGCCUUCAUCAGGAACUUCAGUGCUCCGUACAGCCUCUUACAGAGACACCUGGUGGGAGAAGAAGACGGGAGAGGAGGGGAGGAAGAGACCAGGCAGCACUCGCCUCCACGCCUCCUCAUCACAGAACUGACCACUUCCUCCUUCCUGCCCGCCGUCAUGGACCUCCAAAAGGAUGUGCUGCUGUUCUACUACACUCAGUGGUGUGGAUUUUGCUCUGUCCUCAACCACGUCAUCAUCCAGCUGGCCAGAUUAUUACAGGGAAACGGCACCAUCACUGUGGCCAGGGUAAAUGUUGCACGUAAUGACCUCCCAUGGGAGUUCAUGGUGGAUCACGUUCCCUCUAUUCUUCUAUUUCCCAAAUACAGAAAACACUCAAGUGUGAAGUUUCCUGACGACCUGCCCAUCACGUUACCCAACCUGCUCCGCUUCAUCCUGCAGCACUCUGGCCCUGUACAAUAUGCAGGCAAACCAGCGCCGGGUUCUAGCGAUCCCGGUACCGUCCUCCGCACAGAGUUUCUGGCACUCCAGCGAGAGGUUCAGGCGCUGCGUCACGCCCUCGAACGCCUCUCCCAACAGCUGGCGCAGCUGUGGCGCGACGACCGCCGACUAACGUUUGAUGCUCUCAGCUUAGAGGCCCAGAACACGGAGCUGCAGAGAGAAAGGCAGAGCUUAGAGGAGCAGCACCGGGAGAAAAGCCGGCAGCUCGAGGAGGCGGUGAGGCGGCUGGAGGAGCUGGCGGACACCUCUGAAAGCCUGCUGAAUGAGAGCACGCUGCUCAGGGUCCUGCUGACGGUGCUGAAGGACAGGACUGAUGUUAAAGAGCAGGUGGAGGUGGAGAGAAAAGAGGCAGAACAGAAAAGAAGCCAUAUGGCCUCCUGACCACAAGUCUGCAGGGAGACCUGAGAAGAGGGGGAGGUAGGAAAGAUGGACUGGAAUGGAUGAGAAAAAUGUUUAGACCUGCGAUGUGGAGAGCAAAACAAAGCCUGAAUGAGGACGUCAUGUAAAACACAAGGAGCAAUAUGACCUGAUAAUUUGUGGACAUUUUCAUGGAAAAGAGCGAAUGAGGAAUAAGGAUGAAAUGACAGCUGUGAUCUGUCCAAAGAAAAUCUAAGACUGCUGCUAAGUCAGGGCAGAAGCAAUGAAACACUUUAAAAAAUGUGGAUGGGUAGCGAGGGGGAAACGGCAGUGUUUGUUAGAGACAGAAUACUCUGAGGUGCUUUCAUGAUUGUGGGCUCAUCCACUAGCAGGAAUACACUAGUAUGGGAAUUCAGUGCCAACUGUGCUUUCAAGAAUGUAAUUUCUGUCGAGUUAAACGUUCGACACAGACCCUGCAGCCCAGUUCUCUACAUUCCCUGAGUAGCCGUUAACUUGCACACAAAAGGGGACAUUCAAAUAAUUAGUCUCAAAAAAGAGCAAAACCUUGAGGGGGUUUAAAUGACUUGUAGCUUACAACACCUCGCAUGGUAAAUCCAGUAUAAUUUCCACAUCGCUAAUUAUAUCAACAGACUGGUGAUGUACUCGCCACUCUUCUACAGUUUCUCUUUUUUUAUUUUUUUUAAAGAGAAAUGUUUUCAUCAUAGUUUUUUUUGUUUUUUUUUGUUUUUUUAAUCUUAAAUGAUUUCACUUGUUCCUUCUUUGCCUUACUGCUGGUCAACACUUCCUGAUGUUUCCACAUUAAAAGCCUACUACCUGUGAAAGGAAUCAUGACAGAGGCAGUUUGAUUCAUGGUAGCUUAAAGGAGAACACCACCGAAAUUAAGAAUUCCAAUAUGUUAUAUUCAGGGAUUAUUAGUUCAAUCAACAUUUGUGAACAUGAGCUUCUCUCUCUCUCAAGGCCAGAAACCAGAGAUGAUGUUAUCAAGUAUAAAGUCUGGAGCUGCUCCAUAGAGAUGAUUUUGAUGCACACAAUGCAUGUUUUCUUUUUUAUACCCAAAAGAGCUUUAUUCUACUGCAGUGUUCUCGGUUCUGAAAGGGAACCGUUGCGUCCAAAUUUCCACACUAACACGCUAUUUAGUACACUAAAACAUUAAGCUUUUUUUAUUUUAUUUUUAUUAUGUCCGAAACCUUAGUAUGAAACCAAUAGUACAUGAACUGCAUACGAUUUCCAAUGAAAUAUAACACUUAGCAGAAACUGUACAACGGCAUAAAUAUCCCACAAUGCAAUGCGGUAGUAACGUCAAUAAGUCAUUCAUUUAAAGGUUAAAAGAUGCCACUCGGCCCUAAUAUAUUUUUGAAAUGCGUUUUUCAGACUUUCUCACAAAUCAUCGUUCGGUCACAUGAGGUUGCGCGUCUCAAACCGACAAAUGGGCUCUCAGGAAGUCACGUGGUAAUUACAGAUCAGUUUAUUCACAAGAGAUAGUACACGUAUUGAUUUUUUGGGCUGUCGAUGACCAUAUGAGCAACAUUUUGAAAAUGGGAUAAAUUUCCAUUUAUUAUCGUUUGGGGGGGGAAAAGAAGCAAAGUGGAGCGCCUGACUCUGGCUGUACUGAUGGAAUAAGUACUGCGGAAAAGUACAUUAUACUGAAAUCUAUCAGGAUAAAAUGUAAACGUGGAGGGAGUGCAGGGAGUAUUAGAAAUACUGGCCUGGUUCUCUGCCACUGAAGUAACUAUAAAAGCCACUAUUGUGCUGCUACAAGCUGAGAGACGAGGAUGUUUCCCAUCAGUGCUUGGCUUGUUAAUUGAUGUGCAGCGGUAUGACUACAAGUUAGUGAUGUAGAAUCUGGCUGCAGGGAGAGAGGGCUACUAAUGGAGCUGAGACUUAUUUAAUACUGAAGAUGUGGCACCUGCUCACCGACCUGGAGGUGAGCCUUAGAGCACUCUAAUUAGCAGCAACUUUUUUUUUUUUUUUUUUUUUUUAAAGGGAUAUUGUUCUUUUGUUGAACUGAUCUAUUUUUACAGGAAUCCUUGAGUCACUGAAAUAUUAUUUCUUUGUAACUAUUCAGGUAUUGAAAAUGAGAUGCUGCAAUUGUUUACAUGUGAAAUAUUGCACCUGUUUUUACUGAUUAAAAAUCUUUCAACUUA